AUGAUUCUUGUUUUUUAUUUUCUAUUAUUUAUAAAUAUUUAUGGAGAAGAUUUAGAUGUAGGAUAUGAAAUUGAAACUUUUAAAAUAGAAUCUACAAGAAAAAGAUUGAUAAAAGAGGGAAAAUGGGAAGAAUAUAUAACAGAAGUAGAUAAUUCAACAACUGCAGUACCAGAUGAACUUUAUGCAAAAAAAAAGAAAUCUAUUGUUCAACCUGUUAAUAGUUAUCAGGAUGUAGAAUAUCUAGGAAAUAUAUCUAUUGGUACACCGGGUCAACAUUUUCGAGUUGUUCUUGAUACUGGAUCGUCAAAUUUAUGGGUUGUCGAUAAAAAUUGUUUAAAAACAAAUAAAAAAAAUAAUCCAUGCUUAGGAAAAAGUUUAUUUGAUUCAAAAAGAUCAAAAACGUAUAAAAAUAAAAAAAGAAAUUUUGGAAUAACUUAUGGUAAAGGGUAUGCUAAAGGACAUAUUGGAGAAGAUACAUUCCAAAUUUUAGGAAGAAAAGGAAGAAGAAUAAAGAUGAAAAAAAUUGAAUUUGGGCAAGCAACAGAUAUUUCAAAAGAUGACGCUCAAAGUCCAAUAGAAGGAAUUGUAGGAUUAGGUUUUAGAACAAUAGCUAAUGAUAAGAUGGUUCCACCAUUAAUUUCUGCAAUUCAUAGAAAAAUUUUUAAAAAACCAUUAUUUACAGUACAUUUAAGACAACUUCGUGGUAGAGAAGAUAUUUAUGGUGGAAAGUUUACAUAUGGUGCUAUAAAUAAAGAUAACUGUGGUCCAGUUAUUGGUUAUCAAAAACUAUCUUCAGUUUCGUAUUGGCAAUUUAAAUUAAAAUCAGUAAGUGUGAGAAACAAAGUUUAUAAUAGAGGUUGGGAAGUUAUUGCUGAUACAGGCACAUCGUUGAUUGGUGCUCCACCCUCUGUAGCAGACGGUAUUGCCGCAAAAUUAAAUGCUCAAUAUAUACCACAAUAUGGAUUAUAUACAGUUGAUUGUAAUAUAAAAUUUAGUGGAUUAAAAAUGCAACUGUUAAAAUUAAAGCUCACUAUUAAGCAAAAACAUAUGAUGACAAGAUUUACAAAAACUCUUUGUAUAUUAAAUAUUUUCCCAUUUGAUAUUGGUGCAUAUGGUCCAGCCUUUAUAUUUGGAGAUCCACUUCAUAUGAGUUAUUGUGUUAUAUAUGACAUAGGCAACAAACGAAUUGGAUUUGCUAAACCUAAAAAAUAA